AUGCAUAAAUACCUGCAGAUCAACCUGAACUGCUGCAAAGCAGCUCAGGCCCUCAUGCACCAAGUUGCGGCAGAGGAGGCGGUGGACUUCAUACUAACAAAUGAACACAAUAGAGAAGAAGGGGCAAACUGGCACGCCGACACACUGGGCAAGGCAGCCAUAGUCAACGUUAGAAAAACGAGACUGGACAAAGAGGGACUGGGAGAGGCAGGCUUUAGGUGGGUAGAAGUACACGGCCUGAGACUGUACUCCUGCUACUGGUCUCCGAACUCCACCAUCCAGGAGUACAAAGACUUCGUAACCAGAUCGUAA